UACAACUCCCGGCAGCACUUAGAGCUCCACCGGCCUCCGCCUCUUCUCAGCUGCCUUGAAGGCUGUUAUUGUUGUUACUAAAAGAUUAGUGGACCAGCUGGUUGCUCUCUGGACUUAUAUCACAUAUGCCUGGCUGAUUUACAAGGAGUUUACUGCUCAAGUUAAUAAGAUGGAAGAGGCGCAGUCCCACCCCAGCGUAGUUUUCCUGAAUGUGGCCUCAAGUUACGUACCCCACACCAAGGUGGAGUGCCACUACAAUCUGCUACCUGGCAUGAAGCCAUCGACCAGAGAUUGGAUCGGGAUCUUUAAGGCGGAUGCUUCUUCGGUACGUGACUAUUAUACCUUUGUGUGGGGCAUAAUGCCAGAUGGUGGAGCUUCUGAAGGAACCCUUCAUUGCAGCGUCCAGUUCCAAGCCAGCUACUUACCUAAGCCAGGUCCACAGCAAUAUCACUUUCGUUAUGUGGAUCAUCAUGGGGAAGUGCGUGGCCAAAGUUCUCCUUUCCAAUUCAGCGAACCCCGUCCCAUGGAUGAGCUCGUCACUCUAGAGGAGGCCAGCGAUGAUGGAGGAGGAACUGAUAUGCUGCUGGUAGUUCCUAAGGCCGCUCUACUUGAGACUCAGCUGGAAGAGAGUCGUCAGGAACAAGGAGCCCUGUUGCGUGAGUCCUGCCGCCUGAAGGAAGAGGUUCAAGAACUGAGAAGCCGCGCAACGGAUCUAGAAGCAGCACUUAACUCCUUACGUGAUGAGCACACCAAGCUGGCUGCACAAUAUAAGGAACUGUCAAAUUCUUACACAGAAAUCUCCAAGCAGAGAGACACUCUAAGCAUUCAAGAAACUGGGCACUUGGCCCGAAUCCAGGAACUGGAGGGCGAUAUCCAGAGGAUUGGAGAGAAGAUGCUUCAGAGGGAGACGGAAUUAGACAGGGUGAAAGACACAGUGAAGUCACUUCUGAGGGAGCAGGAACACAUCCACCAUCAGCUCAAAGAAGAGAAUGCCGAGAAAGAGCAGUACCAGGUCAAGCUGCAGGCUUCCAAGGAGGAGAGCCGUAGUCUGGCCUCCGACUUGCAAGAAGCCAAGACUCGUCAUGGUGAGAAAAUCUCCCAGGCUCUCAUGCUUCAGGAGGAUAUUCAGAAGUUGCAGCAGAAGCUGGCAGCCGCUAACCGCCGCACAGCACAGAUGGAGUCCUUGUGUGAACAGUUACGCACCACACAGGAUGUUCUGGCUGCCAGCCAACAGAAAGUGGCUCUUUUAGGGGAAGAGCUAGCCAGUGUGGCCUCUAUCCGAGACCGCACCAUCUCUGAUCUCCACAAGAGCCGCCUUGAGGGAGCUGAGGUCAAUAUCAAGCUUGCUGACCUGACCCUCAAGUGGAAAGAAGGCAAAGGCCAAUGGUGGAAGGAGAAAGCCAUGCUGUUGCAGAACGUAGAGGCCGAGAAAGAUAAGAUCCUGAAGCUGAGUGCUGAGGUUCUCCGUCUUGAAAACAACUUGCAAGAAGAGCGGGCACAGCGCCAGGUGUUGCGUAUGGAGCUGGUACAGGAACGGGAUGCCAGUCUGGUUCAAGUCUCUGAGAGCCGCCGCGAGCUACGGGAACUGCGGGCCGCCCUGCAGGUUGGCCAGAAGGAGAAAGAACAACUGCAGUCCGAAAAACAGGAGUUGCUGGUGUACAUACGCCGCCUUGAAGAACGUUUGGAGAAAGUAGCAGAUGAGAAAUGGAGUGAAUCAGUUCUGAUUGACGAAGAGGAGAGAGCUCUGGAUACUCCUGGCUCCCUGGACUCCCUGUCUGAUUCAGAGGACGAAUGCCCUGAGGACAUGCGCCUGCCUACCCAGCUCAGUUCUUACAGCCUGUGUGACACCCGAGCAGUGACCACCACGCCUCCCUGUGCCCAUGGGUUAUCUCACACAGUGGUGAUCAGCCAGCCUGCUCCUAUUGCUAGUCAGAUCAAACAGCUGCCUGAGGAUUCCAGUUCUGACUCGGAAGCUGAAGAUGAGAAGGCAGUUCUUAUGGCAGCUGCUCAGAGUGGUGGUGAAGAAACCAAUCUACUCCUUCCAGAUCUGGGCAAUGGCUUCUGUGAAGUGGCCAGUGGGCUGACAGGGCGGCAGAUGUCAGAACCAUCCGGAAUGGGCGCAUCUCCCUUGGACCUGCCUUCUCCAGGCUUUUGGAAGGAGUGUCCCAUCUGCCACGAGCGCUUCCCACCUGAGAGUGACAAGGAAACUGUUGAUACGCAUGUGGACGGGCACUUCUUCUUCAGCACCCACGACCCCUUUACUUUUGAAUAAGCUUCUUGUCUCCAUCACCAUCAUCAUGCACCUCCUUGUUUCCCCCUCCCUCCCUUCUGUCGUUUCAAUAGGAUUCAGGCUGGUUCCUCCCCUCUCUUCUUGCUUCCAUAGAGAGUUUCUUAAAAAGAACGAAUUAUUCUAGCACAAUUCUGUCAUUGGGUUGACGGCUGUAAAAAAAAAAAACACUGUUGUCUUCCAAGGCAGAACAGUCAGAGCCAUCUUGCAUCAGGAGUUGUAUCCUCAGGGAUAGGGACUAGGUGAGAUUAAACAGUAGCAGGAUGGGCUGUCUAUCGCCAUAGAGCGGUAGUUGUCCAGGCAUUUUGUGUGAUCUUUUACAGAGAUCCACAAUGACUUUGCCUUCUUGUUUGCCUGCCAGUGAAUCGGUGCUGCAAAACUCUUGAAAAUGCUGGUAUCCACAAAACCCAUCAAAUAAUAAGUAAGUCCUCCCUGUGCAUAUGCCCAGAAGCUUUAGGGUCCCUAUGCCUUGCAAGAAAGUCAGGGGUCCCUAUGCCGUGCAAGGAAAUCAGCUGUUUUCACACUGUUCAGUGACCAUCAGAACUCCUCACUAUGGAAGGUAAUGAUAUUCUGACCUUUGCCCUGAAAGAACUCUGUAGACUUUAUAGAAAGUCAGGAGCAAUUGCAAGUGAGAUAUGAUAAUAGCACUUAGCACAUAGGCUUAUUUACACUACCACCACCACCCCAAUAGUGGUUUACAGCUAUACAGCACUCUCUUGGGCUGUUUACAAUGUCAGCAUAUUGCCCCCAAUCACCUGGGUCCUCAUUAUACUGACUCUGGAAGGAUGGAAGGCUGAUUGAGCUCCCUCAGGAUUAAACUCCAGGCUGUGGGCAGAGUUUGCCUGCAAUACUGCCCUCUAACCACUGGACCACCUGGGUUGCUCAUUAACAAGCAAAUGGAGACAGAAGAAGAGGUUUCAGUUUCCUUAUUGAUAGCAGCCGUAUUGAGAUGAAUGGGAAAGGAAGGCCUUUAAAAGUUGUGUAGGUAUUGAGGUUCCAGUCAACCAUGCAGCACCAUAUCUGGUUUUCCUAUUAUAAGGACUGCUUGAUUCCUGGCCUCCAGGUCUAAUAAGAGUCCUUGUGGCUGAUUUCAGCUGGAAUCCAGUCAUAUCUGGGGAGGUACAGACUCUGUACCCCUGGAAUAAGCCAAAAGUCAGCAUUUGAGAAGUUCUCAAAUAAAGGAUGUAAAUUCCUUGGUUAUAAAUAGUUGGGUGAAUUUAUAUCUACAACACAAGUGUUUGGGGAAAAGAGUCGGGGGGCAAAAAUGUAUACAUGUUGAGAGUGCUCCCCUCUCUUCUCAGUGUUAAAUAUAGAACAGCUCCGUGGCAGAUGAGAGCUUGGCCCACCUAUUGUUUAACUCCUCAGUAUGUAAAAAGAAAGAGAACAAAUGAAAUGCAAACGAACGGAUUGUCUAUUUAUUGGUUUAGCUACUGGUAACUCUUCCAACAAAACCUCAAAGGAUUUUAUUGCUUAUAUUUAUAUAUUAUAUGGCAUUGUAUGUGGGCUUUUUAAAAUAAAAGCUAAAGCAACCAUACUCACAGACAUGUAAAUUAGAAUAAAAUAGAGAAGAGAUUCCAUAAAAUCUCUUUCUGCAUAUCUCAUCACCACGAGAGAACAACAUUAUACAAAUUCACAGGCAAGGUUGUUUUUCUCCCUUAAACAUGAUCAAUAACUUUCCUAAAUGUGGCUGUUACCUUUACAUAAAUAGCAAAAGGCAAGAUUAUUCUAUUAUAGUUCCCGUUCUCAAAUAUUCAAACGCUACUAUUUAAACUGAAGAAGAAGGGACAAGGACAUUACAGUAAUGUACAGUAACUGCCAUUUCUCUCAAGGAAUGGAAAGGGGUGAGGAAGGAUAUUUGUAAGAUAUAUCUUUAAAUCAGAAAUUAAUUGAAGUGGUUUUAAUCAAGUUAACUUUAUCUCCCACCAGAAUAGCAAUCAGUGCAUUUUCCUUCCAAAAGGAACCAAAAUGAAUAAAGAACAGAAAAAAUAGCAUUGGCUGAGGGGCGGGUUUCAAAACCCAUCACUACCGGUUUGCUUGUGGGUGCUCGCGCGAAUGCGCAACAGCAUCUGGGCGGGUGGGAGGAGCCUCCCGCUGCCACUGCUACCAGUUCACCCAAACCAGGGUGAACUGGUAACAACCGAACACUGCAUUGGCUAUUGCAUGAGAACUUUGCAGCAUGUAAUUAAUUGAUCAGAUGAUUCACCCUAAGAAUUAGCAACAGGAAUAGCAUUUUGCCACGACAUUAGUGUUAUUAGUAUUAAGCAGAAAUACAUAUAUUUUUGAGCUAGGGACAAUUCACCUGGAGAAAAUAUCGAAGCAUGCUUAUCUCGAUGCUUUUGAUCAUAGCUGUGCGUAAAUGUGCUUUGGCUCCAGAUUUUCAUUUUCUCACCAUAGAAUAAAUUAGCCCCAUUAUGCAAGUCAGCUCAUACUAAAAUAAAUUAUGCUUCCAGAAUAAAAGAUAGCAAAUGUAUCUGUUUCAGAAGAAAAACCAAAUUAAAUUAUUGUAAGAUAUAGAGUCCCAGGUUAGCUUAAUUACUCAGUAUAUAUUUAGCACAAAAAUAUAUGAUACAUUAUAUUAGCACAAAUAUAUACAAUAGAUUUAUAUUUGCACAAAUUUCAUCAUAACACAAAUCCAAUGUAGCAAAGAAUGUCAAUAGCAGAAAAAGGCAGAAAAUGGAGUUAAAUGAUGUGAAGAGCAGGGAUGUUCUACAAAUAGCCAAAGAUCAAGUUAUGAAGAGUGCCAACACCAACUGCCUGGUAUGCAAAACCUCAUUGAUUAGAGUUAAAGCAACUUUGCCAGUCCUAUUCAGAUUCUUUUGCCUUAAAAUCUAGAAAACGUGUUGUUGUUGUUUGCAUUGUACCUACAGUUCUGAACUGUUGAGGAUGUGUAGUUACUCCCUGACACAUGAUUUAUAAUUCAAGUAUCCUUCCCCCUUCAAAUCAUAGCCUUUGGUGCAAACCUCGGGUGAGGCACUGGGGAUGCAUCCAUAUGCAAUGCUAGCUCUGACUGGUAGGCAUCUAGAGGCCCACCCAUGAGUAUCUUUCUUCCAGCAAGGAUUCCGUCUCUUGGACAAUACCUGCAGCUAAUCCCCCAUGGAGGCAUAAUCUGAGGCUUUAUAGUUAUAGUUAUAGUUUAUUAUAUUUAUAUACUGCCGUACCUCUGGGGGCAACUCGUUCCAGAGGGUAGGUGCCCCCACAGAGAAUGCUCUCCCCCUGGGGGCCGCCAGCCGGCAUUGUCUGGCCGACGGCACCCUAAGGAGGCCCUCUCUGUGGGAGCGUAUUGGUCGGUGGGAGGCUACCGGUGGCAGAAGACGGUCUUGUAAGUACCCGGGUCCUAAGCCAUGGAGCGCUCUAAAGGUGGUAACCAGUACCUUGAAGCGCACCCGGAAGACCACCGGGAGCCAGUGCAGCUCACGCAGGAGAGGAGUUGGAAUGCACCAUUUUAAACUGCAAGUGAGGGAACCUAUGUUCACAUGUUCCGAUGUGAACAUAUCUCCCUCUGUGCAAAAUAAUAAUAAUAAUAAUGGCAAUUUGCAGGAUGACAGUGGGAAAGGUUCUAGGAUAAUGCACCUAAUACAUCGUUGUAAAGAGAGUUUGGAGGAGCACUGGAACCUGAGACAUGGCAUCAGUAAUUUGAUCUGGUUCUUUGUAGAAGAAGCUGUCAAUCAUGAUAGGGCUACAUGAGUAAAUGAGAUCCAAGACAUACAAGAAGAGACAAGUGCAAGGGGGCAAAUGUGAAGGUGGUUCCCAACCAGCCACAAUUCCUUAAGUAGACUUGGUUUUUGUUUUGUUUUUAUUUUGUUUUUGGUUUUUUUUGUCUUCACCUCUUUUCUUAAGUUGCUCUUUCCCAAUGCUGUGCUGAAUCUAUUGCUUCUUUCUCAACUUGCUGCCGUGUGACUACUGAUGCAUGUGUCUCCUUUCUGUGAGAUAGCGCCUUUGGCUUUAGUUGCCUCUCUUUUGAUAUCAUAACCCUUGUAUAUAUAUUCCCUUUCCGGCACUUGCUGAAUUUUGCAUUUGCUUCCUUCUAUUUGUGAGGUGGGAUGGGUGGGUUGCAGUUUCUUCUUGCUUCUGCCUUUUGACCUCUCAUUUGAGUCACAAGAGAGGAAUGUAAGAUCCAGAUCCUGCUGUAUCGAUACAGAAGGAGAGAGAGAGACAAAGCCUCUCUAAGGACUGUGCCUUUUGAAGAUAUAAUGCUACAAAAUGCCUCUUCAUGCCUGAACAGCUAUCAGAUCCAGGAUGGAAGUCAAAAUGACCACUAGAUGGUAGCAAAGAGUUAGAGGUUUUUUUUUUUGUAUCUUUGCUGCCAUCUAUCAGACAACUAAACACUCACAGCACAGGUUUGAUAGCUAUACAUUCACAUUUUUUUUGGAAAUCCUUUUCAUUGUUACCUGCAUUUGUGGCUUUGUGUUCUCCUCGUCUGUUUUUUUUUUUUCCUUUUCCUAAACAGUUGAGGGUUUUUCCCCCCCACUAAAUAUAAUAGCCGCUCAGAGCAAUAAUCACCCUUUCCCCCAGCCUUGACCUUUCCCCAAGUCUAUGUAUAGGGUGUAUAUAUAUAUGUAUAUAUUUAUAUUUAUAUUUAUAUGACAUGUUGCAGCUAUUCUAAUAAAAUGCGGUCUUUCUGCAA